AUGCCCCACGGGAAGAGGGACCCCAUCCUGCUCUCCCACGCCGAGCUGCCCGGCGCCGACGGCGAGGGUCCCCGCAGCAGCGGCGAGGGCCGGCGGUCCACGUCGGAGGAGGAGGGCCACCUCCCCUGCCUCCCCCGCGACGACCUCGCCAAGAGUAUGUCCGGCUCUUCCGUCUCCUCUUACCACUCCGCCCUGUGCUCAGAGGGGACGGAGACCUUCAAGGACUGCCUGGAGUUUCUGGACGAGGACGACGGGGGCCCCCCGGCGUCCCCCCCGCCGCCCGGCCCCCUCGCCCGCCCGCAGCGGGCUCAGCUGUCCCUCGCGGCUAAGAAUAGCCCGGGGCAGGGGGGCAGGAUGGGUCCCCUCGGCGGGGACCGGCAGCCCGUCACUGCCACCACCGCCGCCGGCGGGGAGCUGGCUCUGCCCCGGCAGCCCGGGGGGAUGCUCGGCGAGGCACCCAGCGAUUCGGACGAGGCGGACGGCGAGGUGCGGGCACUGACGGCCAGAGCUUUCCGCAGCCUCUCGGGUCCCCCCGGCGCGCGCCUCGACAUGUGCAGCUCCCACACCUCCUCCAGCCUUUCCAACUCGCUGUCGGAGGAUGGCGGGCGGCCGCGGCGGUGGCCGGCGGCUGGCGGCGAGCCCCGGGGCACGGCGGCAGCCGUCCACGGCAGGGUGGGCCGGCCCUUCCCCGCCGGCGUGGACGGGGAGCUGCUGGGCUUGCUGAGUAAGGAGCAGUUUGAGUGCGUGGACGUGGAGCUGGAGAGCGGGGAGGCCAGGAAGGGUCACGGCAAGAAAAGGACCGUCCCCAAGCGCCAGAUCCUGCUGAAGAGGAAGGAGAGGAAGGAGACGGGUUUCAGCCCCCGGGGGGAUGGCCCGGCCCCCCAGCCCCUGCCCCCCGCCAGGAAGGAGCCCCUCAGCAAGGGCAGGGCCGUCGGAGAGGACUUCAGGCUCAACUACAAGCAGUUCGUGAAGACGGCCUCCCUGGAUGCUGACGCCGGCAAGACCAGAGCAGCCUCUUGCCUGGUGAAAAACGUCCUCGCCAAAAAAAUGCAGUACGAGCAGAGGAUCAAGAUGGAGCAGAAGGGGCUGCGGGGCAGCUCGACUUCCUCGGGGCUGUCCUCUGCUGGCACCGACCUGCUGGGGGACGGCUUGGAGGGCAAGUCCAGCUCGCUCUCCCGCUCGGACUGCAGCUUCUCGGCCGAGGAGCUGCGGGGCGGGGGGAUGCCGAUGGCCGCGGUGGCCACGGGGGAUGCCACCACCACCCAUCCCGCCAAGGGGGUGGUGCUGAGCGAGGCAACGAGGGAGAGCGUCUGCAAGCUGAAGACAACCUUCAACGAACUCAACCAGAGGAUGAAGUACCGGGAGGUGCUGGAGGGCCACCGGCUGCCUGGUGCCGCCGAGGAGCCAGCAUCGGAGAGGACCUGCUACCAGCGAGCGCGCGCCUUGUUCGAAGCCCACCCUGGGGUGGGGAAGGCGCUGGACGUUGCCCCCAGGUUUGAGAGAGCGCUGAAGCCGUGGCCCAGCUUGAAGCAGCGAGCCAUCCACCCCAGCCACCCCCAAACCCUCCCCUUCGAGGCCGACAGCCCGGCGCUCCCUGCCGCGCCGCCGUGCCGCCUCUUCACCUCCCGGGCGCAGGAGGUGAGGCUGGUGCCGCAGAGUCGGCAGGAGGAGAAGCCACCGGCAGUGCCCCGCCAGCCGCCCAGCCCCGGCACCCCAGCCCGGGGGUCCACGCCGGCCACCCCCCCCGAGCCAGAAGAGAAGGGGAAGGGGCGCAUCCCGCAGCCCCGGGACGUGCGCAAGCUGGUGAAGAGCAGCUACAGCCUCUGCUUCGGGACCGCCGGCGCAUCCCGUGGCACCGCAGCACCGGCAAGCGGCGGGGAGCCGCCACCGGCCACCCCGCUUGUCAUCCACUGCACCUCGGUCUGCCGGCGGGAGCCAGCGACGGAGCCGGGGGACGAGGAGGUGCUGGCAGCUGCUGGCCAAGAGCCAGCCGCGGCGUGUGCCGAGGGCCCCGCAAAGCUCACCGGCAGCCAGCCCUCGCCCACCCGGGGCUCCCCCGUCCACAUCACGAGGGUCCAGGCCACGCGGAGGGGGGCGGCUAGCGCGGAGGGGCCGCCGGCAUCCCCCCCGCGCCGGGAGCGGAGCGAGCUCAGGGUGCCGCCGCGGGCAGCGGUGGCUGAGGGGGUGCCGCACGUGGAGACCCACCUCCACGUCCUGGUGGGCCGGCGGUCCCCAGCGGCAGCCAGGGAGGGCUCCCCGUCUCAGAGCAGUGCGGUGCUGCGGACAGAGAAGACCGUUCUCCUCCCGCCACCGCCGCCAAGUCCCACGGAGGGAAAGGAGGGACGCGGCCGUGGCGGCACCGGAGAGCUCCACGCUGCCGAGGGGCCUGAGUCAACGGUGCAGCGGCACGGCGGCGGCGACAGCGGGGACCCCCAAGCCGGACCCCUGGCCGGCAGCAGUGCGUACCCACAGCCUGUGAAACCGGCAGCGGGCAGCGUGCCAGAGCUGCCCGCAAGCGAGCAGAGGCAGAAGCAGCCAGGCAGCCGGCCGGUGUCGGCAGGGAGCGGCGGUUCCAUUGGUGGCACCAGCCCUGCUGCCCCAUUUCGAGCUGGGGAGGGCGGCGAAGGUCCCUCUGGCCGGCUGCCGGAGCGGAGGGAGGCCUGGGAACAUUUACCGAAGUGGCCGGCAGCCACCGAGCCAUACAUUCCUGCUGCCCCAGCAGAGAACUCCAACUACUUAGCAAUUCCUGUGAAAGCCCCCAAAUCCUCUCCGAUGCCAAAGCUGCCCUCAGUCCCCAACCCAGCCGGCGCAUCCUUUGGGACCCCUUCGGUCCCCAACCCAGCCAGCGCGUCCUUUGGGACCCCUGCAGUCCCCAACCCAGCCAGUGCAUACUUUGGGACCCCCUUGGUCCCCAACCCAGCUAGCACAACCUUUGGGACCCCCACAGUCCCCAACAUGACCAAUUCAUCCUUUGGCUUCCCAUUAGCCUCCAGCCUGGCCAGCACAUCAUUUGGGACUCCCUUGGUCUCCAAUCCCACCAACAAGUCUUUCGGGACCCCCUUGAUCCCUUACACAGUCAGUGCAUCCUUUGGGACCCCCUUGGUCCCCAACCUGUGCGGCACAGCCUUUGGGACCCCCUCGGUCCCCAAUCCGUCCAGCGAAUCCUUUGGGACCCCCUCAGUCCCUAAUCUGUCCAACUCGUCACUCGGGAUCCCCUUGGCCCCCAACCCAGCCAGCUCAUCCUUUCGGUCCCCCUUGGUCACCAACCAAGUCCCCACUUCCCUUGGGCACCCAUCAGUCUCCAGCGUGGCCAGCUCAUCCUUUGGAUCCCCUUUGGUCCCCAACCCAGCCAGCGCUCCACUGGGGACCAGUGCGUGUCCGUUGCCUGGUGUGGAAGCGCCCUGGAGCAAACCCGGCCCUGAGCCCACCCUGCCCCAGCCCCCCGAGGGCCCAGCCGCUGCAGAGCGUCCGGUGCCGCUGCCCCCAGCCCAGCCCCAGCCUCGCCUCGAGGAUGCUCCCCAUUUCCUAAGGAGGACUGACGGUGCCUCGCCGAGCAGCAAGAGCACACCGAGCCCCACCAAGCCCUUCACCCCCCACCUGCCCAUGCACCGGAGGAUGCUUGUCGAUCCCGACAGUGGGAAAUGCUACUACAUGGAGCCGCCGCGGCAGCCCCAGCUGAAAACGCUCUACGACCCUGAGACCGGGCAGUACCUGGAGGUGCUCAUCCCGCCGGUGGCAUCGCACACCGGGCUCUACCAGGCUCCUUUCAACCCCUUGGUCAUGGCCCCGGGGGUCUAUGGCCCACCCUACCUGCCCUACGGUGGUUUCCCAGGGCUCCUGGCACCCUCCGCACCCUCUCCGGCACACCCUGACCUGCCAGCUGCCGAAAACCCCAGCUUCUCCGGGACCUUCAGCUCUGCUCCCAAGGGUGAGGGGCCGCCCACUGCCGGGGGUCCCGACUGUGGAUACCUGGAGAGCCUGUACUACAUCCCCACGGGGAUGCGGGCCAGCCCCGGCCCCAGCCCUGGCCAGGCCCCUGCCCGUGCCAGCCCUGCCGGGGCCGAGAAGGGACCGCUGCUCCAGAUGUGAUGGUCCUUGGCCGGGGACGGACCCACGCGGCACGUCCCUUCCCGAGCAGCUGGGCUGUAACCCCACAGUCAGCAUCACCCCUGGUACGGGAGAGAGCCCCGCUCGUGGCUGAGCCGGCGAAGCGCCGAGAGGUAACAGGCACCGGCUGGACCUCACCGGCUCCUUGUGGGAAUGGGGAGAAAAAGGGUAUUUUCCAAUGCGAGCACCUGGCAGUCCCUGGGGGGGGCCUGAAGUUAUGGGCCCCGGCCGGCAAAGGGACCAGAUGCACGGCCCCCGCUUUCCCCUGUACUGCAGGUCCCGUCCUAAGGGCAACCCGGGCUGGUCGGCACAGGGGGACGAUGGCCUGGCCACCGCCAGCCCCCCGCCCACAGCCACAGCCGCAGCACGGACUCCCUGAAAUAGUAAUAAAAAUGCUGAGACAGCACUAAACCCUGCAUAUUCA